CUGUCAGGUUGAUAGUUUGAAAAAUUAUUUAUAUAAAUUCACACAAUAAACGCUAUAGGAAAAUUCAAUAUUGUGAGAUUUACAAUCUGUUCAAAUAUGUUGCAAUAUAAAAGUAGCAAGGCAGCCUUCAAGGAGUUGAAAGAUCCACUUUCUAAUUUACGUGCGAGUAAUCCUGUUAUAUAUCACGAUAAUCUGCGACCGGGCUAUGAAAGCUUAUCAAUGGUUAAUUACGCUAAUUUGCAUUCUAGAGUGAAUGUCGCAUAUCAUGCUAAAACUGUACAAGAUCUUGAGAGACCCGUCAUUUUAAAAUCCAAAGUUUCCGAUGCGUUGCGGGGCAAAAAGGUGCCGCUGCAUCAACAAGAUGUUUACCCAAAGGCUUUGGAUUUUGAAAAAACUGCUAAGCUGGAAAGAAAACAUAACGACAUCAUUCACCGGUCUGGACAGACCACCAAACGCGCCAGUUACAGAAAAAGUAUCGAGUGGGACCAAGAGUCAUGGGUGCUCCACGAUAAGGUGUUUAACGAUCAGUUCGACAUUAGCCGCCAUCCCAGCUACACGAUCAAGAAUGUUGCCUAUAAUCUGGAGUGUGAAAUGCUCUAUAUGGAGGCUAGGGAGAAGUAUAAUGCGCACAUUCGUCGUGAAAUGGAAAACUUUGUAGCCUCAAAGCGCAGCGCGCGCGAUCAGUUCUUCACCAGAAGACUUUUAUCGUACAAGACGCUUUGGCCACCGCUGCACACAAAAGCUGAGCUGAACAUAUUUAUAACCAAGUUUUUUCAACUGACGCCGGCGCAGAAAAAACGUUUACAUUAUUUAAUGACAACCGAUUUAACGACAAUUUAGUAGAAGAAAAUUAACGAAAUUUAAUUGCAGGCGUAAAUGUGUUAGUUACAGAUAUCACAGAUCAAUUUACUAACAUAAGUAUAUUUGCAAUUAAAUGUCAAGGAAAACGUGA